GAAAAAGAUAGGCGCCAAAUCAAAAAGUGACCUUGGCCCUCCAAAUGGUCUUUAGACGAGAUAUCAAGUAUCAGAUAGCCAAGAAAAUCUUAGAAAAUGUUCCCAAUGAUCAUUUUCUGCCAUCCCCUUAUCAGCUCAAUAUUAUAUGUACCGUGGAAAGACAUUGAAGUACUUGUUUUUUAUUCGAAGUAGUAUCAUCAGUGAAGAUAGAAAUAAUUGCUUUUAUAUGUCCUGUAAUUUGUAAUGUCAAGUAACGUGGAUAUUGGAAAUAAUCCGGAGAGAAUUAACACCUUUCAAUUCUUAAAAGAAAUUCACUUACAUAAAAAACUUUAUGUAUUUAAAGCUAUGCAUCUAAGAGUUCCUCGUGAUUAUCCAUUUAAAAUGGUGUCGUUCAUCUAUAUGUUUCCUCACAUCAGGUGUAUGUGUAAAUUAAUUCACUUAACUUGAUUCACUACAAACACAUUUAGAUCUCCUGGAUGCUGCCUACGAAAGAAAUACGAUUAUAUGCUCAUCAAAUGAGUUGAAUAAAAUGUUUUUUGUUGUGAAUCUAAUCCGUGAAAUGCGUUUUGACAAUCCAGGGAAGCAAGUUAUUUACUUCACAGAUGAUGUUAAAAUGAGCUCCAUAGAAAAUUUUGUAACUCAUCACACUGGAUUAUCAUGUGCUUACUUCAAAUCAGAUGAACAACAUAUUGGAAAAUGUUUUUCUGAUUGGUUAUCUGUUUUACAAAAAUACGAUGUAAUCCUGUUGUCACCUUGGCUAAUUCCGAUUAUUAUCACGUUGUCUUCAAUUAAUUUUUUAGUUAAAUUCAUUCAUCAAUGUGCCUAUUUAUUAGUAGCAGAUGAAUGUCAUAUGGUAUUGGAUUCAAAUCAUCCAUUAUCAUUAUUGUUUGGACCAAAUGGUCCAAUGAUUCGAAUGGAGGUUGCAGAGAAAGAAGAUACGACCUAUGAACAGACUAUACAGGAAUAUGAAAUGUCAACAAUGGAAAAAGUUAGAAUUUUGUGUUUUACAUCUGCUCUAUUGCCUAGAGAGAUAACAGAUCCACAAAAGGCUCGAUUACGUUUGGAAACUCUUGAAAGAAGAACAAAUUGUCGUCUUGAGACUGCUUCCGAAUUACUAACAAUGCUAUCAUUGGGUGCAAGACCACAAGAGCAUGUAAUCUUUUGUCCAAAGUCAUCACCUCACUCACCAAUACCAUUUCAUCAAUUUAUGCUGAAAAUUUUCCGUGAAAUCAAAGAAUUUAUCAAUGACAUAGAAUUAACUAUGUCGUCGAUGAAAAUCACAUCAACAUCAACAACAACAACAUCAACGUCAAUAGAUAGUUCUACACGAAUGGUUACAAAUGCUGGAGGUUUUCGUGUCUGUGUCCUCGACUAUUGUAAACGUGCUAUUAACCAAUGUGAAGAGAUAUUCAAUGAAUUAGGCUUAUGGUGUGCAGCACAAAUUGUUCGUGUAUUCGCUAAACACCUAAUUGCAUUAGAUCGUCAGCGUACUGAAUUGAUUAAACAAUAUGGAACAACAGUAUCGACAGGGGUAGACAACGCAGCAGAGCAAAAAGACUGUCCUCCUCCGGUUAAUUCAUCGUCAACGGAUAAAACUGACGAUGGGAAGAGUAGAACAGAAUAUCCAAUUACUAUAACAAAGAUAAAUGAUAUUGAAAAUCGUAUUUCUUACCUACUACGGCAUACUGUAACACAAAUGUGUUUUUUGAGUCGAUUGUUUCAAAUGGAAUUUGAUUCAAUUUUAACAUUAACCGAAUUCCAGAGUAUGGUUUCACCUAAAGUAUUACGCCUUAUUGAACAGCUGAAGCUAUACAAACCAAAUAUGAAUUUUCGUAUUGAAGUAGCUGAAUUACCUAAUGCUAAAAAUUCAUCUAUAUCAAUCAAAUCAACUAAUGAAAAUCGUCGUAAAGGCGGAGCUGGUAGAGGUGGACGCGGCCGACGUAGUUGUAGUCAAGCUUCAAGACAAUCACGUUCUUCAAUGUCUUCUUCAAUGGGUAUCCUAUCAUGUGAUGUUGACUCAUUAUCUGAUAGUAUGUCAGAUACAAUGAGUAGCCUGUCAGAUGAUGAUGAAGAUGGUGGUGGUGGUGACAGUGAUAAUCGCAGCCUUCGUAGUCUAGGCUCAAAAAAGUCUCGAUAUUCCACACAUUCUAUGAAAGACUUGAAUUCAUCAUCCAAACGUCAUAAACGUAAAAAAAAAUUUAAUUCUUCAGCAAAUAUACCCAAUUUCAAAGAUCUACACUUUGUUCCUGCAUCUACACUGAAUAGUGGAGGUAUGAAACCAGAUAUUGAUCCGUCGACAUUAAUUUAUCGUGCUGUAUUAGACACGGAUCAUGAUCAUGACAAUAAAAAUAAUCAAUCAAAAUCAUCAGAAAAAGUAUCACCUAAAAAUGGUUCUACGGGGAAUAAUAUUUCUUCGAAUCGUCUAUGCGGUUUAAUUAUAGCUCCGUGUCAAUUUUCAGCCUAUGCCUUGUCACGUUUAAUUGAUGAAUUAUGCAUAUGGGAUGUAGAUUUAUACUUUAUUAAAAUUGCGCAUUUAUUUUGUCGUCAAACCUUGUUGAAAGGCGAUGAUGAUGAUGAUGAGGAUAAUAAGUCGUCAAGUACAGCAUUUAUCAAUAAGGCUAAACAACAACACACAUCAAAUUUUAAUUCAUAUAAAUCUCUUGUGAAAUUUGGCAAUGAACCUGUAAAUAAUGACAGUUCAUCAACCAAUCCACGGAAUCCCUUCUCUGUUAAUCAAGAAGAAACUAUAACAAAUUUUCGUCGUGGUGCUAUCAAUCUCUUGGUAGCGACUCAAGCAGCUAUUUCAGCCGUAACAACUAGUGGGAGUGAACUGCCUAGAUGUAAUUUAGUCAUCGCUCUACGCCUACCGAAUAGUUUAGCUGAAUACUUGUCAAGUAAAGCAAGAUCAAGGCUAGUGGAUUAUGGUGCAAAAGUGAUUUAUCUAAUAGAUAAGAAAGAAAAUCAAAAUGGUGAUGGUGAUGAUGAUGACAAUGUCUCAGAUUGUAAUGCUCAAACAAACGAUCAAUUUUUGGGGAAAUUUCAACAACUUGAACAACUUCUUAUCCAACGAUGCAGAGGUUAUAGUUUUUUCUGUGAUGAACAUGAUGUUGAUGCUUCAGUGGCGGAUAAAAUUCUUCCUCCAAUCUUUCCUCGUGGUCCGAAUGGUCCAAAAUUCUAUUUAUCCAAAGCAAUCAAUGUAAUCAAUCAAUAUUGUGCACGUCUACCCAGUGAUCAUAUAACUAGUUUAACACCAAAAUGGUAUUGGAAAGUAUUUCCUCAACCAAAAGGUUUUAAACCCUCAUCGACUGGACCAGGAUCAACGUGUGGUUCAAAUAAAGAUCUGCAGCCUAAUGGGACUUAUAAUUUAUACCAGUGUGUUUUACGCUUACCAAUUAAUAGUUCAAUUAAAGAAACAAUAGUCAGUGAACCAAUGGCAUGCAAAAAAUUAGCUAAAUUUUCAGCUGCAUUAAACGCAAUAAAUCUACUUUAUAUGGCUGGUGAAAUGGAUACCAAGGUAGAGUUUAUUACUACUAUUACUACUACUACUAAUAAUAAUAAUAGUCGAAGAAAUAGUCAUCAUAUGCGUUCGUUGAACAAUACUAGUAGUCAAAGUAAUCAAAAUUCAAUGAAAUCUGUACAAUUAUCUAUAUCAACAUCAUCGGGUAUAAAUGACUCGCUUUUAACUGGAGGCGUAGACGGUGAUUCAGAAGAUUAUGGUGAUGUUGGAUCAAGUUAUUAUGAUUCAUCAGCUGAUGAAGAUAUACUGAAUUCUUCAAGUAUACAAAAUUCUGUUAAACGAAGACAAUAUUAUUAUCGUAAAUUCCCUUAUCAAAUGUCCAAUUGUCUUCCUCAACCCGGUGAACCAUCACCAAAUUACCUGUAUUAUAUUGAUGUGCGAUUGGUUAAUCCAUUCCCUGGACAACAAAAUAACAGUCAGUGCACACGUCAAUAUCAUCGCCCAGAACAGGAACCAGUAGGAUUCGGUAUACUAACUACUAAACCAAUACAUCAUAUUCCUAUAUUUCCAAUAUUCAGUAGAUCCGGUGAAGAAAGAAUCCGCUUUAUUGAAUUAUGGUCACCAAAAUCACAAUAUCAACUUGACGAUGCAUAUUUACCUAUUCAAAGUCCGAGUCUAACUGAAGAACAAAUUGACCAACUGAUUAAAUUUCAUCGUGUAUUAUUCCAGGAAGUUCUACGCUUUGAAAAGGAUUCUGUCCUUGAGUUUAAUUUUGAAAAAGCUUAUUCACAAAUUCUGGUAGUACCAACUAGACGAGAUACUUGCUCAAUUGAUUGGGAUUUCGUUAACUUAGUCUUAACAUCUUUUUGUGAAAAAUCCAUCGGUCGAUUACUUCCACGUAGGCUGACUGAAGUAUCACCAGAGAAAUGGAAAGAACAAAUUGAUCAAAUUAAAUUACAAGCUGGUGUUUCAAACUCCUGUGGUAAAUCAUCUUUCGGUGUUACUGGUGCUGCUGCUGCUCAUCAUCAUCAUCAUCCAAAUCGAAUACGCCCUGGUAGUAUUACUUCAUCGCUGACGAUGAAUCGUUUCCAAAGAUCUAGUCUUGUUGACCAUCGAUUAAAUAAUAAAUCUGGUACCUUUGAAUUUCGUGAAGAGGAUUUUAUUAAUGCUGUUGUUACACCGGGUUAUCGUAAUUUAGAUCAACCACAGUAUUAUUAUGUUGAAGCUAUUAAAUAUGAUAUGAGUCCGUUAUCACCGUUCCCGUCAACAAAUUAUCGUAAUUUUGCUGCAUAUUAUAUCAAUAAGUACAAUGCCAUAAUAACAACAAAUAAUCAACCUUUAUUAGAUGUGGAUUUAACAGUGAUACGAUUAAAUUUAAUUAUACCACGUUAUAUGAAUAUACAUGGACAAAAUCUUAUGACAUCUUCUAAUCAUAAUAAUAACAAUUGUAAUACUACCACUACUAAUGGUGAUAAUAAUACUAAUACUAAUAAUUCAUCGUCUAUGCUAUCUACUAUGACUUCUUCACGUAAACACCAACACCAACAAUACGAUCAUCGGGAUCAUUUAACACAUAAACAAUUAUUAAUUCCAGAACUUUGUUUUCGACAUACAUUUCCUGCUUCUGUAUGGCGUAAAGCUGUUUGUAUACCAAGUAUCCUAUACCGAUUAGAGCAUUUAUUAUUAGCCGAAGAAUUACGUCAUCGUAUUGCCUAUGAGAUAAAUUUAGGCUGUGCUCAAUUGCCAGAAUAUGAAGUAUUGUCGAAAGAAGAUUUUGUCAAUUGUUAUUCAGCAAUAUCAUCUAUACCAAUGAUUGGUGGUGAAAAGGAUGCUGCUGAUGGGGUCGGGAGUGCUGUUCGUAACACUGCUGACUCUACCACCUUGUUUGAACCGUUAAACUUUCUUCUACCAGUUGUAGAUCAAAUUAUAGUGAACAAUCAAUCGAUUCAAGAUCGUAAUUAUGAUACCGAUGAUGAUAAUGAUGACGAUAAUAAUAACAAUAAUAGUAAUAAUCAUUAUAAAAAUGCGAGAAAAUCUUCAACAGAUAAUGAUAGCACACGUGCUGCUGGCAGUGGUAUAGGACGUAGUGGCAGCGGUGCUGGUUGUCGUCGAGGUCGUCGAAAGCAAAACUAUCGUAAUCUCAAGAGGAAAAAUCAGACUGCUGCUACUUCUAAUAAUAAUAAUAAUAAUACUAAUAAAUCCAAUAAUACAACACCGAUUGUGAAAGAGAAUGAAUCAGAUGUUCAAAAAUUAAGCGAAACAGUGAACACUAUUGAACUAUCGGACAGUAAGAAAAACAAAAACAAAUCUAAAGGACAUGAAGACAGACAAAAUGAUGUCAAUGUAUCAAGUGAUGAUGGCAUCGGUAAUGAAGAUGAUGAUGGAGACAGUGACGGUGACGGUGACGAUGGUGAUUAUCGGGUUCAACAAGAUGGUGCUGGUACAGUUGAUGAUUCAUCGUUAGAAAAACCAACUGUUUUAAAACUUCAUGCUACAUCAGCAUCAGUGUUUACUAAAGGUCAUUUAAAUCAUACAUCUAAUGUUCCGCUAUGCGGUCAGUUUGGUUCAUUGAAUCCUAACUUAGAAUCAUUAUUACAAGAAACCAAAGUAAUUGAAUUGAACUCCAGCGAUAUGAAUCAACUGAACAAUGAUGAUGAUGACGAUGAAGAUGGACUCAAAGUUGUUGAAAAUUAUGUGAAUAUGGAUAAAGAAUACUUGGGAAGUGAUUCUGAUACAGAAAGUGUUGACAGUUUUGAAGGGAAUGUUCGAUUCUUUCCACCUGAAGAUGAUGAUGACGAUUAUCCUAAUGUUGAUGAUGCUGGUCAUAUUAGAAAUAAUCAGUCUGAUGAUAAUAACGACCGUGCAACAAAUUUAGGUGAAGCGUUAAAACGUGCCUAUCGACCUGGUCCUGCUACAGUUCUACAAGCAUUGACAAUGUCAUGCUCGAAUGAUUUUAUUAAUCUAGAACGUAUGGAGACAAUUGGUGAUAGCUUUUUAAAAUUUGUUGUAACAGUACACUUGUAUCUAAGAUAUCCUGCUGCGCAUGAAGGCAAAUUAAGUCAUCUACGCAGUCGAAUUGUGUGCAAUACAAAUUUACAUCGUUUAGGUAAAGCUAAAGACUUACAAAGUCGAAUGGUUGGUGGUAAAUUUGAACCACAUGAAAAUUGGGUACCACCAGGCUAUUAUGUACGUCGUGAUAAACGUCUUGAUAGUGAAGUAGCUAGAAAACCACCACCAAAUCGUGAUUUAGUCAUUUGGUCAACUGAUACACUAAUGGAUGAUGAAGUUCUACGUGAUAUUAAAGUCAUCGAUGAGAAUAAAAUUCAACCUAUUGAAAAUUUCACCAUCUCUGAAUGGGAUCCAAAUGAUCCAAAGGUGAUACGAGCACAACACAUAAACAAUCACUGUUUAAUUGCUAUACAACAAGCUAUACCGGAUAAAUCAAUAGCUGAUUGUGUUGAAGCGUUGAUUGGUUGUUAUUUAACUACUCGUGGUGAACGUUCUGCUCUGCGUUUAAUGCAAUGGUUUGGUAUUAAUUGUGUUCAUACAGAAUCAGGUCAUGGUCGACUGACUUCUGGAGCUCCAUGGAUUUCACCGAAAUCGAAUUAUUUAGACACUGAUGAAAAUAGAGCGUAUCUGGCUGAAGCACGUUUAGUAUGGAGAUUUGAUGAGCUGGAGGCAACAUUGAAUUAUACCUUUAGAGAUCCUAGUUUAUUAAUUCAGGCAUUUACACAUCCAUCUUAUCAUCAACUUCGUGUACUACCGGAUUCUAAUGAACGUAUUAAAUUUCCAACUGAUUUGGACUGUUAUCAACGUUUGGAAUUUUUAGGUGAUGCUGUCUUAGACUAUGUGAUAACUCGUUUCUUGUAUGAAGAUUCUAAACAACAUUCACCUGGUAUACUAACUGAUUUAAGAUCAGCACUAGUGAAUAAUAAUAUAUUUGCUGCAUUGGCUGUACGUAUUGGCCUGCAUCGAUAUUUUCGUGCAUCAUCACCACAAUUAUUGCAUACAAUCGAUGUAUUUGUUCGGUAUCAAAAAGAUGUUGCUAAGGAUGAUUUAGAUUUUAUUACAAAUGAGGAAAUUGAAAUACGUCAACCGGAAUUAGUUGAUACAUUUAUUGAAGAGACAAUGAAUCAUUUAACCAGCGAUAGUACUAAUGUUAACACAUCCAAUCUACCAAAAGUUAAUACUGUAAAAGUAAAUAAGCAGAAAUCAAAGUCUAAAACUUCACGUCGUCGUCGUCGUCCUCAUCAGAAUAAAGAUAAUGGUGACGAUGAUAAUGAUGAUGAUGAUGGUGACCGCGAUGAAGAUGACGUCGAGGACGAUGAUGAAGAGGAGGAGGAGGAUGAUGAUGAUGAAGAAGAUGAACAACAUGCACCAUUAUUGAAUAAAGCUACAGAAUGUGAAUCUAGAUGGCAAGCACAGGAUACUAAAGAAUUAACUGGUUUAUUUGUACAAGAUUCAACUGACAAUAAACAACAACCGUCGAAAUGUCAACAGAAUCAACUGAAAUCCAGCGACCAAAAUAACAACCUCAAUAACACUAAUAAUAAUAAUAAUAAUAAAAACAAGAAUAGUUUAACGCCUAAUCGUUUAUCUGAUGAUGUAGAAAUACCUAAAGCUUUAGGUGAUAUCUUCGAAUCAUUGGCUGGUGCUAUAUUUCUUGACUCGAAUUUCAGUCUGGAUACUGUUUGGCAGGUUUUCUAUCCCAUCAUGAAGGAACGAAUUGAAAGAUAUACUGCUUGCAUUCCAAAAUCACCUGUUAGACAAUUAUUAGAAUUGGAACCAGAAGGAACUAAAUUCGAACGACCUCGUAGAAUGGUUGAUGGACGGAUUUCUGUUUGUGCUCAUGUAUUGGGUAAAGGUCGAUUCUAUGGAGUUGGAAGAAAUUAUCGUCUGGCUAAAAGCUUGGCAGCUAAACGUGCUUUAAGAGUGCUACGUCAAUUAAAUCAAACGCAAACAUCAACUGCAACUGUUGGUAGUGCUGGUGCUGGUGAAGAGAAUCCUGGAAAAAAUAAACAGUAGAACUGGGAUUUUUUUCAUUACAUACUGUUCGAACAGUUUGUUUUUUUUAAAUUCAAUUCUUUGUACAUUUACUCAAACAAUGAUUCUAUUUUAUACAC